UCUGCCCCCACUAUGUACUUUUUUACAUCCCUGCUUACGUUUGGCUGGCAUAGCCUAAGUUCCGCAUUCCCAAAUCCUCCCAGAUUGGGAUCACGUUUAAAAUCGGGCUGAUGCAACGAUUUCCACUUUUUAAAAUCUACUCUCGACCCUCGGCUGACCAGAAGAAAGGACAUUUGUUGCACCUGGGAUCAAAGUCAGCUGUGGUCACAGCCGAGUCUGACACGAUGCCAGGACAAAUCCCAGAUCCCUCUGUGACAGCAGGCUCCCUGCCCAGCCUGGGCCCACUGGCUGGGAUCUCAGCCACCACGCUGACUGACAAACUCAAAUUUGGUGACUUCCAGGAGUUUGGUACCAUGCUGUCACCUCUGCACUUCCUGGACAGUCUAGGAAAGAGGCCCCUAGUGAUCAAAACGGAGAGAGAUGAAGAGGAAGAGAGGAGGAAACGAAGACGAGAGAAAAACAAAGUGGCUGCAGCUCGAUGUCGAAACAAAAAGAAAGAGAGGACAGAUUAUCUACAAAAGGAAUCAGAGAGACUAGAGAUGUUAAACUCUGACCUUAAAGCCCAGAUUGAGGAGCUGAAGCUCGAACGACAGCAACUGAUCCUCAUGCUUAACCGCCAUCGCCCCACAUGUAUUGUCAGGACAGACAGUGUGAAAACCCCAGAGAGCGAGGUGAACCCUCUGCUGCAGCAGCUGGAGGCCAAGUGAGGGUGCGACGACUUUCGACAGUUUACAUUUGAGAAGAAGCAGCCAACUAGCAGCACUUAGCUUUGGACCUCGGUCACGGAGGAGAACCAGCCGCCAAGUCUUCCUACCUUAAGUCACAGAGCGUUACACCACAAAAUGUGGAUCCAAUAAGAUUGGAAACGGUUUUGGCAGUUAAAUCAAACUUCUCUUUGUUUGUCCAUCUUGUUUUCCCAUGUCUUUGUCAUUUUGGUCAUCAGUGCUCCCGCCACUAUCAGUAUGAAGUCAAACCUUACAUCCCAUACAUUCAGUUUGUUUUUUUAUGGUUGAUUUAUGCCAUAUGGUUGCAGAAAAGGUUUACCACUAUUUCCUAGUGGUUAAUGUCAGCUCAGUAAUUUCAGUAAGUAGUUUGGUAAUUUACUAAUUCAUUUUAUUUUAUUUUAAAAGUCUAAGCUAAAGCUGAGCUAAAUUUGAUUAAACAGCUGUCUGUUUGUCGCCAAGUUAUCAUAUAACUAUUGUUUCAACAGCAUUUCAUAUUAUUGUUUUCAAGUGAGGUUGGAGUGAUAACCUAAAAACAAUGGUUAUAUAUGUGAUCAGGCUAUAAACAGACAUCUUAUUUUAGACAUCUGUAUUCCCAAAAUGACUUUACUAAAAUGCAUUGUGUUAGUUAAUGUGAAACUGAAAUACAACUAGAAGUCAGCAGUAGGAGGAAAGAAGGGCAUGAGGAUACAUUUAGUAAAAUAGAAAGAAUAAUUACUGGAAUGCAUUAACCAUCACAUAUGGAUGAUGAUAUGUGGUGGUACAGUAUGAAGUACUUACACCCACAGAAACAGUCAGAAGCCUUUUUACUACAUACUAACCUUCAUGAUCUUCUGGUCACUUUUGUUCUUUCAUACGUUUAGUAGCAGAGCAGUUGAUCCUUUUUUAUUUUUCUUUAUUCUUAUGUUUUGGCGCAGGCGUCAUGUAUGCACAUAUAUAUAUAUAUAUAUAUAUAGACUGUUUACAUUGUACUUUAUUUUCUGUUACCAUAUUGUUACUACCAAUUAUGUUUUUUAUACUUUUGUAUAUGGUGUUAUAUUGGCAUAUAAGCUAUCACAAAAUCCCAUUUUGUAUUUCCAUAUGAAAUAAAUGUUUAGUUUCUUUUU